AUGCUUAACAUAUUCAGUCUUAAACAACAACCUCGGCCUGGUGAGAGUGCAUCCUCCGAUACCGGCGGAAAGAAAUUAUCAGCAGCUCUGUUACGUGUCACAAAAGAUUUGAGUGAAAUCGGCACGUUACCACCAACAUGUCAAGUAACAUAUCCUAACAAAGAUGAUCUUCUCCAUUUUACACUUACAAUCACACCUGAUGAUGGUUUUUAUAAAGGCGGACGCUUUGUGUUCUUAUUCACGAUCGAGUCUGAGUAUCCUCAUACACCACCGAAAGUCAAAUGUACCCAAAAAAUCUAUCAUCCAAACAUCGACCUCGAAGGCAACGUUUGCUUGAAUAUUCUUCGAGAAGAUUGGAAACCUGUCUUAACAAUUUUAUCUGUUAUUCUCGGCAUGGGUUUUCUUUUUUCGGAACCUAAUCCAGAUGAUCCAUUGAACAAAGAAGCUGCCGAAGUAUUGAAAACCAACGUUAAUACAUUUCGAUCAAAUGUCACGAAAACAAUGGCAGGUGGAGUAUUAAAUGGUGUUCAAUUUGAUCGGGUACUUACUCGAUAA